AUGAGUAAUAGUUAUAAUAGUUCAACAUUAUCUAUCAAUCCAGUAUUAGGUACAUUUCCUGCUGGUAAUAUUAAUAUUCAACCAUAUUGGAUUGUCGUUCUUCAAUUAAUUUUUGUACAAUUUCUUCAACGUAUCUGGAAUUAUUUUCAAUACAAAACUUGCUUCACAACACUCGAAAUUGCUGGUUUAAUAAGAAUAUUUCAACAAUAUCCAACAUCUUUAAGUAUUAAUAGUAAUACAAGUUUAACUGUCGAUAAAACUCGUUUAGUUAAACUUCGUAAUAUGAUUUCUAUUAGUUAUUUCGAAGCAAUCAAUUGUUUAUUAAUAUUCGGUCAUUCUAUAUGGUAUUGCAUUAUUCAAUCUUCAUGUCUUCAAUCAUCAUCCGUAGCAACAACAUGGAAUUGUUAUAAUGCAUUUGGUUAUCGUUUAUACAAUUAUGUUUUUGUAUCUUAUUCUUCAACAACAUUAAAUUGUAUUUAUGUUAUUUAUAUGGAAGGAUAUCGAGAAAUUAUUAAAAGUGGUUAUAAACAAGGUAGUUUCUGUUCGAUUAUUUAUUAUAUUUCAUUAAUUAUUAUUGUGAUAACACUUCCUCUUGUUACUUGUCUUUUAUUACCUUUUUUUCUUACAAAUGUCAUUCCAAUGUUUAUCAUUUAUAUUUGGAUAUCUACAAUUUAUAUCGUU